AACCGCUACAUACUUCGGACCAUUUCUUCAUUACAUUUACAUUACACUUUGCUUCUCCUGUGCCAUCAACCCCCCUACCAGUUACUUUUAGACGAAACCUGCGCUCCCUUUCUCCUUCCCAUCUCUCCUCUGUAGUAUCCUCCUCUCUUCCUUCACCCACCCAUUUCUCAUCUCUGGAUGUAAACGCAGCUACUGAGACUUUAUGCUCUACCUUAACCUCUUGUCUAGACGACAUUUGUCCUCUCUCCUCUAGGCCAGCACGGGCUGCUCCUUCCAACCCCUGGUUAUCCGAGGUUCUUCAUGAACAUCGGACUACACUCAGAGCGGCAGAGAGAAAAUGGCGCAAAUCAAACGAUCUGUCGGACCUCAGUAGGUACCAGUCUAUGCUCACAUCCUUCUCUGCUAAAGUCCACACUGCCAAAUCCUCACAUUUCCGCAACAAGAUCGACAGCGCUCCAGACAUGCGUAAUCUCUUCAGAACAUUUAAUUCCCUCCUCUGUCCCCCUCCACCUCCUCCCGCCACCUCUAUUACAGCUGAUGACUUUGCCACUUUCUUUACAGGCAAAACUAGAUCAAUCAGUGGUCAGUUUUCACCUCCACGCACACAGGACCCUCACCCUACCACAUCCACUGCUAAAACUCCCAUCUUUUCUUUCUGUCCCCUCACUGAAGCUGAAGUAUCCAAGCUUCUCCUCUCCAACCAUCCUACAACAUGUCCUCUUGACCCAAUCCCCUCACACCUUCUCCAAGCAAUCUCACCCACACUCUUACCUGCACUCACACACAUCAUCAACACAUCCCUCCUCACAGGCAACUUCCCCAUUGCGUUCAAGCAGGCUCGGGUAACCCCACUGCUCAAAAAACCUACAUUAAACACUUCUCUUAUAGAAAACUACAGACCUGUCUCUCUCCUUCCGUUCAUAGCGAAAACACUUGAACGAGUUGUCUUCAACCAAGUCUCACUGUUUCUUUCACAGAACGACAAACUGGAUGCUAAACAGUCAGGUUUCAGGAGGGGCCAUUCAACUGAGACUGCGCUUCUCUCGGUCACUGAAGCCCUGCGAAUUGCAAAAGCCCAUUCCAAAUCAUCAGUCCUCAUUCUGCUGGACCUAUCUGCCGCUUUUGACACUGUCAAUCAUCAGAUACUCCUGUCCACCCUCUCAUCACUGGGCAUCACUGGCAUUCCACUUCGCUGGUUUGAAUCCUAUCUCACUGAUGAUCCAACGGUAGCUGCAAGGAUCUCAGGUUGCCUGGCGGACAUCUCGGCAUGGAUGAAAGAACAUCACCUGCAGCUCAACCUGGCAAAGACUGAGCUUCUUGUCCUCCCUGCCACUCCGACUCUACAGCAUGACUUCACGAUCCAGUUAGGUUCAUCAACAAUAACCCCAUCAACUUCGGUCAGAAAUCUUGGUGUAAUCUUUGAUGAUCAGCUGACCUUCAAAGACCACAUUACAAAAACUGCUCGAUCUUGCAGGUUUGCACUAUAUAACAUCAGAAAGAUCAGGCCCUUUCUGACAGAGCAUGCUGCACAACUUCUUGUCCAGGCCCUUGUCAUUUCUAGGCUGGACUAUUGCAAUGCUCUUCUGGCUGGACUUCCGUCUAACACAGUCAAACCUCUACAAAUGAUUCAGAAUGCAGUGGCACGACUGGUCUUCAACGAGCCCAAAAGAGCCCAUGUUACACCUCUCUUUAUCUCCCUGCACUGGCUACCAGUCACGGCUCGCAUCAAGUUCAAGACACUGAUGCUUGCAUAUAGAACAACCACUGGCUCAGCACCCAUUUACUUGCACUCUCUAUUAACAAACUACAUCCCCUCCAGAAAUCUGAGAUCUGCUAGUGAGCGACACCUCGUGGUACCAUCACAGAGAGGCGCAAAAUCACUCUCUAGAACAUUCUCGUUCACCAUUCCUGGCUGGGGGAACGAUCUUCCCACCCCUAUCCGGAAUGCUGGAUCCCUGUCAAUCUUCAAGCAACAACUGAAAACUCAUCUCUUUCGACAGCACUUGACUUCAUCCUAAACUUAAAAAAAAAAAAAAAAAAAAUUAUCUUUACUUAUUCCUUCCUUUGGUAGUUUGUAUUUAUUUGAACAAUGCCUGAGACUUGGUGUUGCAAGCACUUCGUCUGUCUGAUUGCCUCUUCAAGAUGAAUCGCUUUAUGUAUUCCCCAAUUGUAAGUCGCUUU